UCCUCCAGGCCUGUCGUAUCUCUUCCCGGCUGGGGAAUCUUCUAGAAGGGGGCCACCAUGAAAGGGUUAGGAGCCAAACGCAACCGCCAUCUGUCUGACUCCUGCGACCCCACCCAGGGCCCCCCGGAGCCCCUGUACUCACACCAGGCCUCCACCCUGCCUCGGAGCCCCUACCUCCUCAGCCCCACCAAUAUGGACCACUACGGCACAAUGGAUCCCCGCCACUACAACCCCAGUAUGGAAGCCCACCACAACCAGGGAUCCCUGCCCCCGGACUACUCCCUCCCCCUCAACAACCAGCUGUCCAACAGCAGCACCUUCCCCCAUGUCCACUACAACUCCCAUUAUGACCCCAGCGACUUCUCCCCGCCACAGGAGGACAGCAUCGGCGGCAUAAGUACAGGAACCCUGGGCACCUCCAUGUCGAUGGGGAUGGGGUUGCAUGGAAUGGGGGGCCUGCAGAGCAGCCGGGGGGCUAUGAUCACCAGUGGUUCGGCUACUAUCUCCGGCGGGGCCAAGAUGAACCGGCAGUUGCAGCCCAACCUGUUGGACCAGUUGGAGAAGCAGCUGCCCGGGGGGCCUCGUGACGGCUUCAGCACGCUGCAGUUCCCCCGGAGCACAUCGGCUGCCUUCUCCGUCGCCUGCAAGCAGCGCACCGACAGCCCCGGGCGCAUCCGUAACCUGAUGUGCUCCGUCCAGAAGCUCUUUGCCAAGUCACAGUCCAUGGACGGUCACAACCUCAAGGGCGUCAACGGGCGUUCGGGGACAGGUAGCGGCAGUGGCGGGACCUCGUCCGGAACCGAGGACAACGGGAAGCGGGACAGGCGAGCAAAGAGCAAAGACCGGGGCGGAGCCAAGUCAGAUGGGGGCGGGACGGGCAAGCGGCGGCCGCGUUCCAACAUGUCGGGCUACUGGAGCUCGGACGACCUGGACAACGCCGACCUCAGCAACUACCGCAACCCCAUAGCCAUGACGCUGGGACGCCCCACCACCCAUGCCACCCAGCACACCACCCACGGUAUUACCUACGAUGCUCAGCAGGGGGCACUACAGCAGCAGCAGGGACAGCAGAGCCGCUACGUGGUCCACAGUGGCUACAACACCAUUAGUUCGUCUAAGAGCAGCAACGAAGUCAUGAAGUACCAGCAGAUGCUGGCAGGACCCGGAGGUGGGGGAGGAGGGGGAGGAGGGAUCAGCAUGGGAGUGAACACUAAUGACUUUAUAAAGGGAGGUUCGUGGUCGACGCUGACCCUGGGUCAGCCCAGGCAGGUGCUGCAGAAGGGCCACUCGGCUACCCUAGACCGGUCCAUGCUCAAGUCCAAGUCGUGCCAGCAGGAGCUUGCCUGCCACUACCUGCAAGUGGGCCGACAGGGGGACUGGAGUAGCACGCUGGGCCGCGGCGGAGGAGGAGGAGCCAAUGAGAUCCCAUGUCGGCGCAUGCGGAGCGGCAGCUACGUGAAGGCCAUGGGUGACCUAGAGGACAGCGACGACUCGGACGGCAGCCCCAAGCCCUCGCCCAAAAUGGCUGCCCGCCGUCAGAGUUACCUCAGGGCCACCCAGCAGUCUCUGAGCGACCAGCUACCGCCACGCAACUGUCUUCCUUCACUGCGAGAGCUGUCUACCAAUCGUAGCCUGGAUAACCUGGACUGUCUGGGGGAACCGGUGAGGGGCUCCCUGUUCCCUCGCUGGGACGAUGAGGACUUCAGCCAGGGAGGCGGCUGCAGCACCCUGGGGAGGAGCAGCUACAUGGGCCAGCUGCAGGACCUGGAGAUGAUUAGCCAAUGCUACGACGAUAGCUGCUCUGAGUCGGCGUUCCGAGAAUCCCACACACUCUCACACUCCCAUUCCCAGGCGGUGGAGCCUCCGGAUCUGCCAAUGCCCACGUGCUUCCGAUCCCGUAGCCAUAGCUACCUGCGGGCCAUCCAGGCCGGAUGCUCACAGGAUGACGACACUGCUUCCGUGGACUCGGAUUCACCGCCGCCCACCGCCACUACGGUUCACACCUAUAGCACCAGCACUGUCUCCACAUGCAUCACCACCUGUAAGAAGCCUGUGCCACCGCCCGUGCCGCCCCGCACCACUUCCAAGCCCUACAUCUCUGUGACGGUGCAGAGCAGCACUGAGUCAGCCCAGGACACCUACCUGGACCACCAGUCUGAGCGUGAUCGCCGCAGCAAGACCAUUACCAGUCAGUCCAGCCAAGCCCACAGCAACUCCUCCGACAGCCUCGACAGCACGCGCGCCAACAGCUUGGCUCGGGGUAUCCCUUGGCCCAUCCCCGUCCCCGUCGCUACCCCCCGGGAACCCCUCACCACCACCACCGUCCACCACACCACCACCGGGACUGACACCAACGACUCCCAGCGUGAACCCUUGAAGACGACGGGCACCAACAGGGGGAACCUGAUGGCAGAGGAGCCCCUCGCAGACAUCGUGCCCCGGAGGAAGCUUUCCUCCAUAGGCAUACAGGUUGACUGCAUUCAGGAGGAAGUCCAACGAGUGGAGACACCGACACCACCAUUGGCCAGAUUCCAGUCAAUCGGAAUACAGGCGGACGACGGCUGGCAGCUCAGUCGCUCCAGUAACAUGGCUUCCAAGCAGGAGACAGACUCAGACCUACAGGACCUCCCUGUCAUCUCCCACGCCAAGCCCGCCCCGGAGAAGAAGAGCAUGGUCAACAACGCCUGCCAAUCCAUGGACUCUCCCCCGAGCGGCGGCCAGUUCAGCCAAGGCAACGGAUCAAAUCCAACCGCUGACAACAGUACGUCUCCACCUCCGCUACGGCAGUUCCUCAACCGCUCCACCACACGGUCCUCCUCCGACUCCUUCGCCGAGAGCCUGGAUCCGGCCCUGGACCCCUCGUUCCUACCUCCUCCGGACCCCUGGCUGGAGAGUGGGAAUGAGAAUGGGGGCAGUGGGAACCCUAACGCGGUGCCCCCUCCAGGCCCUGCAUGCCGGCGGGACGGCCAUUGGUUCCUCAAGUUGCUGCAGGCAGAGACGGGCCGCAUGGAGGGCUGGUGCCAGCAGAUGGAGCAGGAGACCAAAGACAACCAGCUCUCAGAGGAGGUGUUGGGGAAAGUCCGCAGUGCAGUGGGCAGUGCUCAGCUCCUCAUGACCAAGAAAUUUGAGCAGUUCAGAGGACUGUGUGAACAAAACUUGAAUGUGAACGCCAACCUGAAGCCCACAGCCCAGGACCUGGCAGGCUUCUGGGACCUGCUGCAGCUCUCCAUCGAGGACAUCAGCCUCAAGUUUGAUGAGCUCUACCACCUGAAGUCCAGCGACUGGCAGCCCCCUGCCGUGGCCCACUCGCCCCCCGAGCGGAAGGAGGACCAGAAAGAGCCCCCUCCUCCAGUGCCAAAGAAGCCCGUUAAGGGGAGGCCGAUGCUGGGACGUGAGAAGAGCGUCGACUCCGCCUCUUCCACCUCUUCAGCGGAGAAGCACCGGACGGAGGCCCGCAGGCGACUGCUGGCCGCCAAGAGGGCGGCCUCGGUUCGGCAGAACUCAGCCACGGAGAGUGCCGACAGUAUUGAGAUCUACGUCCCCGAGGCCCAAACACGUCUCUGAGAGAGAGAGAGCGAGAGAGGGGGAGAGGGAGAGGGAGAUAGGAGGAACUGCCUCUGAGAUGGAGGGGAGGGUUGGGGUCUUCUCGCCAUACACACACAGGGUAGGCUGGUCCUGGUGGCAGCAAAUCUAGAUUAAGUGAGAAAGAGAGGAAACAAUAAAAUAAAAACUAUUGGGCUGUAGACUAUGGGGAACUCUCGUCUCCUCUCACAAGGCUGUCAUGGAAAAACCUCAACCGCAAACUUUGUUACUAUUGUUAGUACUCUUGAUUAUUACAAAAAUUAUAAAAAUGGUUAUUGAUGAUGAUAUUAUCUCCUAACGAACCUAUAUCAAGACUGUUUUAGAUGUACCUGUAUCUUGGCUGUAACAGAUAAGCGGACAGAGUAAGCAUUUGUGCUUUCCACCGCUCCUCCCUGACUCCCUCCCCCAUGCCUUGGCCAACUCGUAGUUUGCACAACGCCACCAUGUGGUUUAAUGUACACACUUACUCAGAGGAGCACACACACACACACACACACACACACACACAUGCUUCAGACCCUCAGCUAUCUAUGUCUUCCUGGUGCUUUUUUGUUUGUUUUUAUUUGUUUUGUAAGAGCCCCUUGCCUGCAUUCAAAGCAGUUCUAGAUUCUUAAAGAGGUUUUGGAGAGCAAGGAACCGAGAACUAAGGGUGGAAAUAACAAGUAUCACCACUUGUAUAAGUGAGAUCUAUUGAAAGCACAAUUGAUGUUUACUUAGUUCAUUUUUUGUUUAAAAAAAAAUAUUUUUUAUUUUUUAUUUAUUUAACAUUUUAGGUACUUUUUAACUGACUCAAAACACACUCACAAGUCAAUAUUUUCUGGAAUGUAAUUUGAAUAUCCUACUAUUCCAUUGAGAUUAUAUUGUUUUCUGCCAUUUUAGUUUUAGGAUGUAUUCAUCAGCCAAUGUCCACAGUCCCAUGACAAUGGCCACGCUUUGUACUUUCAUUUCUGUGUAUUGCUCUGUGAAUUUAUUUCUAGGUCAUAUUCAUGAGGCAGUUAAUCAGUUUCACCUUUUGCUACAGUGUGCCCUAAUGAAUAAUAUCAUGGUGUGGGUAUAUCAGAGCAAUUGAACAUAAUUCAGGUUUGAGUGAAGGACCAGGACCACCAUUGAGAACAAUCCCACUGUGCAAAAUGUGUUUAAGUCUGCAUUGUUUCCUCGUUGUUUCAAGAUCCUUUACCAGCGUAAUGAUGUUGCAUCAUUGUGGCUAUUUCAUUGAACAUUUAAAAAGCCAGUAGGUUUUUAAAGUAGGUACUUCCAGCAACUCAAGCUGGGUUGCAGCAGCAUCAAUAUCACAAGGAUUGAAAGGUUAGAGGGGUUUCUUUCCCCCAACUUCUGCCCAGCGUCUCUCUCUGCAAUGAACCUUUUGUUGUUUUGUCGUCACUGUAUUUCAAUGAGUAAAUUAGUUGGCACGGAUGCAGGUGCGUUUCCCACAUCGGACCCUCACUCAAUAUACAUGGAAAAACAUGUGGCCCAUUCCACCGUGAAAUUCCAGUCACUCCAACCAUGAUUUGAAUUGCCCUCCUAUAGAGAAUUUAAAUGGAAUUACACCCAAUUUGGACUUGUAGUUAAGCAUUAAUUAACUUUGACUAAUGGCUGCACACUGCACUCGGCAAUGGGAAUUUGAAAUUGAUACAUUACACUGAAUAUUCGGUACUAUUAUAGGUAUUUGCUACUGUAUGGGGCGGCAGGUAGCCGAGUGGUUAAGAGCAUUUGGCCAGUAACCGAAUGGUCACUGGUUUCAAUUCCCGAGCCGACUAGGUGAAAAAAUCUGUCUGUGCCCUUUAGCAAGGCACUUAAGCCUAAUUACUCCUGUAAGUCGAUAAGUGUCUGCUAAAUGACUAAAUUCAUGUAAGUGUAAUAUAUUUUUCUACAUCAUGGAUCUUGACCAGACACCCUCUUGAAAAGAGAUGGCUAGAGAAAGGAAAGGAGACAAGGGAAGGGACUAGGAGAGGAAACCCUGUCUGACUAUUGAGAUGCUUCAGUGACACUAUGUGAAACCAGGAAGUUGUUAUUUUAUCUUCCUAUUGGUCAUAUUUUGCACUACAUCUCAAAUGUCCAUGACACUUUUGGAGGGAACAAAUUCAUCCUGGAAUGAAGAAGAAACGCAUAGUUUUUUAAAAUUUGUUCAACCAUAUUGCUAUCUACCAUUGUUGUUUUUGUUAAAUAUCAUCCCCAAAUGCCUACACUUUUUUUUAAUUGAGACAAAUCAUUAAAUCUCUAUUACAUUACAUAAAUGUAAUUUGUUUGCCAUCCUUUGUUUUUGAAAAUGCUGUUGAUGGUACAAAAAAAGAAAUGCAUUAUCAUUGUGCCUCUAUGGGAAGUAAGUAUAGUGAUAUCAAAGCUGAUUCACUCUUUUAAUAGGUCUGUGAAAGUGGAAUGGGGGCCUCCCGAGUGGCGCAGCGGUCUAAUGCACUGCAUCGUAGGCAUCACUGCAGACCUGGGUUCGAUACCAGGCUGUGUCACAGCUGGCUGUGACUGGGAGACCCAUGAGGCGGCGCACAAUUGGCCCAGUGUCGCCCAGGUUAGGGGAGGGUUUGGCUGGCUUGGAAUUCCAUGUUCCAUCGCGCUCUAGCGGCUCCUUGUGGCGGGCCGGGCGCCUGCAAGCUGACCCCAAGUCACCAGCUGGACUGUGUUUCCUCCUACAAGUUAAGCUAGCAAUGUGUCAAGAAGCAGUGUGGCUUGACAGGGUCGUGUUUCGGAGGAUGCAUUGGCGGCUCUCAACCUUCACCUCUCCCGAGUCCAUAGGGGAGUUGCAGCAAUGGGACAAGACUGUACUACCAAUUGGAUAUCUCAAAAUUGAGGAGAAAAAAAUUACAAAUAAAAAUGAAAGUGGAAUGGAAAAUGGUUCCAGGCAAAUGAUUAAAAAAUUAUAAUCUAACAAAACAUUAUAUCAAAUAUAUUUAUAUAGCCCUUCUUACAUCAGCUAAUAUAUCAAAGUGCUGUACAGUUGAAACUGGAGCAGCAGCACGGCCAGGUGGACUGGGGACAGCAAGGAGUCAUCAUGCCAGGUAGUCCUGAGGAAUGGUCCUAGGGCUCAGGUCCUCCGAGAGAAAGAAAGAAAGAAAGAGAGAGAGAAUUAGAGAGAGCAUACUUAAAUUCACACGACACUGGAUAAGACAGGAGAAAUACUCCAGAUAUAACAGACUGACCCUAGCCCCCUAUACAUAAACUACUGCAGCAUAAAUAUUAAAAUGAUCAAAUAUCAAAUGAUCAUAACAUAUUCUCUGUUUGUGGUUGAGAGAUCAAGAAAGUUUGAGUCUCACUGUAGGUAUUUGAUUGUCCAAAGUGGUGUAGGGUGAAGUUGCCCCUGGACGCUGAUUUGGGGUAAGUUUUGCAUUUCCCCCACAUGGUUAAAGUUAAGAUUGGAGGGGGGAAGCUGAUGCUAGAUCUGUACCUAGCGGAAACUUCAGCCUGGAGUCCCACAGUCAGGUUAAAAAGAUCUCACUUGCCAGACUCGCAGAGUGAACUGUAUACUAACAGUGAACAGCAUUUUUUAACAGUUGGUCAUCACAAUCAUGAUUUCCAUCAUAUAUUUCCAACCAAUAGUAGUUUUUAUAUCAAAUUAUGACUUCAAAUGACUAACCUUUGUAUUUGCAUGAACACGUCUGCUAAAUGGCAUAUACACUGAGUAUACUAAACAUUAGGACUACCUUCCUACUAUUGAGUUGCAACCCCCCAUCCCCUUUUGCCCUCAGAACAGUAUCAAGUUGUCGGGCAUGGACUCUACAAUCUACAAGGUGUCAAAUGGGUUCCAUAGGGAUGCUGGCCCAUGUUGACGCCAAUGCUUCCCACAGUUGUGUCAAGUUGGCUGGAUGUCCUUUGGGUGGUGGACCAUUUUUGAUACACACAGGAAACUGUUGAGCGUGAAAAACCCAGCAGCGUGGCAGUUGUUGACACAAACCGGUGAGCUUGGCACAUACUACCAUACCCCGUUCAAAGGCACUAAAAUCUUUUGUCUUGCCCAUUCACUUUCUGAAAGGCACACAUACACAAUCCAUGUCUCAAUUGUCUCAAGGCUUAAAAAUCCUUAUUUAACCAGUCUCCUCCCAAUCUACACUGAUUUGAAGUGACAUCCAUAAGGGAUCAUAGUUUCACCUGGAUUCACCUGGUCAGUCUAUAUCAUGGAAGGAGCAGGUGUCCUAAUGUUUUGUAUACUCAGUGUAUUUCUGUGUUACUUUCUUGGUUGUGCGAGAAAACACAUGCAGUUUUCAUGGCUAGGGCAUACACAUGGCUAGGGCAUACAGUAGUGGCUAGGGCAUACACAUGGCUAGGGCAUAUAGUAGUGGCUAGGGCAUAUACAAUGGCUAGGGCAUACAGUAGUGGCUAGGGCAUACACAUGGCUAGGGCAUACAGUAGUGGCUAGGGCAUACAUAUGGCUAGGGCAUACAGUAGUGGCUAGGGCAUACACAUGGCUAGGGCAUACAGUAGUGGCUAGGGCAUACACAUGGCUAGGGCAUACAGUAGUGGCUAGGGCAUACACAUGGCUAGGGCAUACAGUAGUGGCUAGGGCAUACACAUGGCUAGGGCAUACAGUAGUGGCUAGGGCAUACACAUGGCUAGGGCAUACAGUAGUGGCUAGGGCAUACACAUG